GAACAGAUGGGUGAGAAUGCGGGAAAACAAUGGUAUUAUUGGCUGGAUUUGUCAGCGCUUUGGGAAAAGGAAAAAUUAUGCUGUUGCAGAAACAACCAGAGCAGUAGUUGCAUUGUGAACUCCGGUGGAUGCUCCAUGGAUGCAGUGUCUUUCUCCAGUCUGAAUCCUCCUCACUGGCUCUUCCACACGCACAGGCUGCAUGAGUGCUGCCUGCUCCACAGUGCUCCCUUCCUGCUCCCACUGCCCAGGAUGUUCUCUGACUUCAUCAGAAUCUCUCUCCUCACAGUCACUGCUUCCUUCACUCAGGACGUCAUUCUGCUUCACCUGCAAGUAUGACGUGUGCGUGUGCUACAGUGACAAAAAAUUUUCACAGGCACUUGCUUUGGUCUCAUUCUUGGGGUCUCCUUCCAGAGGGCUGUGUUGUUAUUUGCAGCCAUGUGACUGUCCACUAAGUGGAGCUGUGCCCAUAGAGCUCUGCAGGGCGGUGCAGAACAGCCACUGCUGGGUGCUGCUAAUCACUCCAAAUUUCUUAAAGGAUGAUUGGUGCUUGUAUCAAAUGCAGCAGGCCAUAUGUGAGGGGCCAAUGUCCCAGCGGAUUUUCCCAACAGUACCGGACUUACAAAAUUCAGAGAUGCCACGUGAACUGGGCUGCUUCUUCUCCGUGGACUUGAACAGGAACCGAGAAGCUGGCUACACUCAAGUGUACAAGACAGUUCUCCAGUACCUGAAGGAGAUGUGUAGAAAGGAAGAGUUUCACAUGCCUCCCUCAUGCAGCCAUACAGAAGGAUGGGGAACACUGGAGAGUCAGAGGCAAAACCUGGAACACAGGGAAGACCUUUGAGACACAGCCAACUCAUUUCGCAACAUG